CAAACAGUCUCUACCCCCAAAAAAAAACCCUGAAAUUUUUGCUGACACCGCCUCUCUCUCUCUCUCUCUGAGCGUGUGAGAGAGAAACUUUCACAGUAGCUGUAUUACUGAGUGUGGCUUUCUCGACUGGUACUUCAAUUUCCAGGUAUGUUAUCGAAAACCCAGUUCAUAUUUUCCUACUUGAACCAUAAUCUCAAAUCCACACCCACAAAUCCUUUUAUCAAUUUCCAAACCAAACCCAUUUCGAGUCUCAAAGUUGUGUGGCGCAAGGACUCCAAACUUGACCAAGCAAUAGAGAUCGACAAGCGGUACAGGCUAUGUGCUCGCGUUGUCAAGGAGGUUCUUAACGAACCAGGCCAAGUGAUCCCACUUCGAUACCUCGAAAAACGCCGUGAGAGAAUGGGGCUAACUGUGAAAGUUAGAACCUUUCUCACAAAAAACCCUGGUUUAUUUACUAGUUACUAUGAUAAAAUAAAACCCAAAACCCAACCGGUCGAAUUUAUAAGAGUUUCGGACCGGCUCAAAGAUUUUCUCGAAGAAGAGGAAAGGGUUUAUAGUGAAAAUGAGCAUUGGAUAAUGUCUAAGUUGUGUAAAUUAUUGAUGAUGUCUAAGGAUAAGGUUCUUAGUGUGGAUAAGUUGGUACACGUGAAGAGGGAAUUUGGUUUUCCAAAUGAUUUUUUGGUUAACUUGGUGCCCAAGUAUCCUCAGUAUUUUAGGUUAGUAGGGUGUCCUGGUGAGGGGCAAUCGUUUCUGGAGUUGGUUUCGUGGGAACCCGAGUUUGCAAAAUCGGUUAUUGAGAGGAGGGCAGAGGAGGAGUCAAGGCUAACGGGGAUUCGGGUUAGGCCUAAUUUUCAUGUUAAGCUUCCGUCGGGGUUUUUCUUGAGGAAGGAGAUGAGGGAGUGGGUUAGGGAUUGGAUGGAGCUCGAUUAUGUGUCCCCGUAUGAGGAUGUGUCACAGUUGGAUCAGGCAUCUAGGGAAAUGGAGAAGAGGAUGGUGGGGGUUUUCCAUGAGUUGCUUUCGCUUUCAUUGCAUAAGAGGGUUCCUGUGCCGAUAUUGGGGAAGUUCAGUGAUGAGUAUAGGUUCUCAAAUGCUUUCUCGAGUGUGUUUACUAGGCAUUCGGGGAUAUUCUACAUGUCGUUGAAAGGUGGGAUCAAGACAGCAAUGUUGAGAGAAGCAUAUAAGGGUGAUAAGUUGAUUGAUCGGGAUCCACUGCUUCAGAUAAAAGAUAAGUUUGCUGAGUUGUUGGAGGAGGGAUGGAGAGUGAGAGCAGAGCAGUUGAGGUAUCACAGGGAAGCAGUUAAUAAAGACAUGGAAAUGAUGGCAAUGAAGAAUGUUGAAUAUGACAAGCAUGCGUGUGAUGAAUGACUACAGCUUGGAGAACUACUCUGUGAUCAUGAAUGGCAAGGAUGGCUUCAAGACCAAGCAUUGCAGGUUUUGAUCUAAUGCACACUUAUAGGAGGCCCAAAGCAUUUUCUCUGUUUCUUUGUCUGAUCUUAGCUUUCUGAUGACAGUUUUAAUAAUAAAGAAUCCCAUGAGACAGAACUCUAUUCAUGCUCUUUACGCUCUUGUUAA